AUGCAACAGAAUGAAGCCUUGUCUAUUUUGAAUGACUUUAACGAGAUUCUUCAGUCCGAAGUCUAUGUUGAUCUUGAAAGGCUGCGGAUAUUAGCCCGACAUGGUAUUCCUAAUAAACUUCGCGGGGAGGUCUGGAAGUUUCUUCUUGGUGUUGAACAAGCAGAUCGAUCUAAAGAACUGUCAAGCUCUAAAGCAAGAAGUGAAGAAUAUGAACAAAUGGAUAAAAUCAACCCAGAAAUAUCAAAGAAAAUAAGAGGCGAUGUCUCCAGAUAUCAAAAUCGAACACCAGAGUUGGCAGGAAAACAUUAUACGGAGAGAUUUGAAAACAUUCUUAUUGCCUAUAUGAAUGCAAACAGAGAUAUUGAAUAUCAUCCUUCUCUCACAACAUUAUGUGCCCCAUUUAUUUAUUCCCUAGAAAAAGAGUGUGAUGCCUACUUUUGCUUUGAAAGACUCAUGCAAGCCAUUGAGGAAGAAGUCGAUUUAAAUGAAUUUACAACAUCUUGGUUACAAUACUUAUUAUCAAAAGAAAUGAAAUUCGAAAACUUAAUUCGCUUAUGGGAUUCUUAUUUUGCUAUGCCGGAUCCUUUGGAGUUUCACCCGUUCGUUUGUCUUGCGAUACUACGAAAUGCCAGGGAAAAUUUGGAGGAUCUUGAACAAUCCGAAAUCCGAACGAUGCUACUUCGUUUACCUUUUAUGGAUAUGCGACCUAUCAUUGCUGAAGCCUACAACCUAAGACAUGAAACAAUGGAAAGACAAUUAUUUGAAGAGACUGAAAUGCAGUUUAGAUAA